AGAAAGUAAUGAAAAAUGCGAAGAACUCCCUCAUUUUCCACACACUUUCUUCCACUCUACCAUUGUAAGUACCGAGAGAGCAAUUAGCAAUGGCGCCAAACUCCAUACUCCCAUUUUAUCGCGAACUACGCAAAGGAAAGCCAUUCAUGUAUCUAACUUCUUCCUCCAUGUCUAUAUUAAGGAUUGGAGCCUCCAACUCUUACUGAGAAAGGAAGAAGGCCACACGAACACAUUUGUUGGGAUUGGCGUUGUUGUUGGUGUUGUGCUUCUUCGCUUCCAUCUUCGGCCGCAAGUUUGGGUUUUAAAGGAUGCAAGGCUUUGGCGGCCAUGGCGGGUUCGGCGGUGGUGAAAGGACGCCUCUGUUAUCUCGCGGAGAGGGACGAAAGAGGAAUGAUCCUGAGGGGAACAAUGGAUUGUCAGACCUGGAGCAUGGAGAUGCUGUACAGGCUGCAAAUGUUAGCUUCGCGCGAGUUCUUGCACUUGCAAAACCUGAUGCAGGGAAGCUGAUUCUUGCUACAAUUGCUCUCUUAAUUGCCUCCACAUCAAGCAUUCUCAUUCCCAAGUACGGUGGCAAGAUAAUAGACAUAGUUUCAGGAGAUUUGGACACACCUGAAGAGAAGAACAAAGCUCUAAAUGCUGUGACCAAUACCAUACUAGAAAUCUUUGUGAUUGUUGUUGUAGGCUCUGUCUGCACAGCUCUUCGGGCAUGGUUGUUUUCUUCGACUAGUGAACGGGUGGUUGCACGUUUGAGGAAGAGCCUAUUCAGUCACCUUAUUAACCAGGAAAUAGCCUUCUUUGAUGUUACUAGAACUGGGGAACUACUGAGCCGCUUAUCCGAAGACACACAAAUCCUAAAGAAUGCUGCAACUUCUAAUCUUAGUGAGGCAUUGAGGAACGUGUCGACUGCAGUUAUUGGUCUUUUCUUUAUGUUCUCAACUUCCUGGAAGUUAACCUUGUUGGCUUUGGUUGUUGUACCUGUUAUUUCUAUGGCGGUACGAAAAUUCGGCCGUUUCCUGCGUGAACUUUCUCACAAGACUCAAGCUGCAGCAGCAGCUGCUGCUUCAAUUGCUGAGGAAUCUUUUGGUGCCAUACGGACUGUAAGAUCAUUUGCACAAGAAGCUUAUGAGGUGUCACGUUACUCUGAGAAAGUUGACGUGACAUUGAACCUUGGACUUAAACAAGCUAAAGUUGUUGGGCUCUUCAGUGGAGGGAUGAAUGCAGCAUCAACACUAUCAGUUAUUGUUGUGGUGAUAUAUGGAGCUAAUUUAACAAUCAAAGGCUAUAUGACUGCUGGUGCCCUUACUUCAUUCAUUCUAUACAGCUUGACAGUUGGAUCAUCUAUAUCAGGAUUAUCAAGUUUGUACACAGUGGCAAUGAAAGCUGCUGGUUCGAGCAGGAGGGUUUUCCAGCUUCUGGAUCGAAUCUCAACCAUGCCAAAAUCGGGAGACAAAUGUCCUUUGGGCGAUCAAGUUGGUGAAGUGGAGUUAAAUGAUGUCUGGUUUGCAUAUCCAUCCCGUCCUAGCCAUAUGGUACUCAAGGGAAUAUCAUUGAAGCUUCAGCCUGGCUCCAAAGUUGCUCUUGUGGGACCUAGUGGCGGAGGAAAAACCACAAUAGCAAACUUGAUCGAAAGGUUCUAUGAUCCAACAAAGGGCAAGAUUCUCAUAAAUGGAGUUCCUCUGGUUGAAAUAGCCCACGAACAUCUUCACAAAAAGAUCAGUAUAGUGAGCCAAGAGCCUGUUCUUUUCAAUUGCUCAAUAGAGGAAAACAUAGCCUAUGGCUGUGACGGAAACAUAAGCAGCUCUGAAAUUGAGAAUGCAGCUAAAAUGGCCAAUGCACAUGAGUUUGUGUCGAACUUCCCCGACAAGUACAAAACUCAUGUAGGAGAGCGUGGGAUAAGGCUGUCUGGAGGCCAGAAACAAAGAAUAGCAAUUGCCAGAGCGCUACUUAUGAACCCCAGAAUUCUUCUCCUCGAUGAAGCCACAAGUGCUCUGGAUGCUGAGAGUGAAUACCUAGUCCAGGAUGCUAUGGAUUCUCUGAUGACCGGAAGAACCGUCCUAGUCAUAGCUCACAGGCUAUCAACAGUCCAAAGUGCCGACACUGUUGCUGUCGUUUCUGAUGGCCAGAUCGUUGAGAGCGGCGGACAUGAAGAGCUACUCAGCAAGAAUGGAGUCUACACAGCACUAGUGAGGAGGCAACUACAAGGAUCCAGAACUGAGCCAACAGCUGACCAGAAUAUCAUAGUCUAGUAUCCAUAUCAAAUUAGUUGCUGUUUUUCUUUAAAGGGUCGCCAUUGCUACGCCACCUUUUUCUUUAUUCCCAGAGGGUUGACUUGUGCAGGCAUGUCUGCUUGCCUGCUGCACCUCUUCUGUUAUAUUUACCAAGACUUCACAGUUUGUACCAUCUCAUAGCAAUAGUAAAUGGUUAAGAAGUGCCUUAUCCGUUGAAUGCAAAAAGAAAUAGUGUUCUUGUUUUCAACGCUGAAUUGGCAAUGUCUCCAAGCUUAAAUAAAACCCUUUCGAGAGCAGGUAUAAAUCUAGAGAGUCCAAUAGGAGAGUUGUCAAUGGCGAAAUCCAUUAGCUCACUCCGUAAGCAGCUAUCGACGGCAGCUUAUUCUUGUGUGCCUGAGUCGUUGGCUGAGAGUGAGUUUUUCAGAAGCGCCACCCAGAUCGCAAAGCUGCAUGCUUUAGUACAGUUGUGCGCCAAGAGGAAAG